CGGGUGUGAGAAGCUGGCACGCCCCGAUUUCAUGACAGUUAUUCCAUUCGAUCACUCUCUUUACUUCUCCAAGACCCGAGAUUGAAUCACGCUUCAAGUUUGGACCCAUGAACGAUCGCUUCACUCUCGGGUACAACAUGUACCCAGACGUCUUUGACAUGUCAAUCGAGGGGUCACCACCCAAUGCUUGAAUCCCUAAACCCUCCACUUCUUUCUGCACAUCCAGCGUACGCCGAAAUCGCUGGCGAAUUAGCUCAUCCCAGAACGCAGGCCUGCUAAAUAACAAGCUUGGGGUUGCAGGGGAAGGGGAGGGGAGUCAAUGGAGCUCCACGGUUCCCAUGUGCUUUACAACGGAUGAGCUGCCUGAUCUCUGGGAUAUCUCGGGCUCGAUGUUGCCGGGAUGAAUUUCUCCCAAUCCCUAUUACUAUCAUCGAGACCUUUCGUUCAGCGCUUGGAUUUUAUCCCAACAUGUCAGGAUGCGAAACUUGGAACUGGGAGUGGAACGUGUACCCUUCCGCAAUCCCGUGCUGGGAUUGGGAACCCUAGCUCCGUUCAUGGUGGGAUAACCACAUAUAUCGAACACUGGCGGAGGCUUGAUGAAAGGGUUACAGUUCGUCUUGGCCAGAGUUAUAAAAAGAUUGCGGUAGCUUGUGGGACAGCAGGUAUGACAACGGAAAGACCAUUCACAAUGCCCCGAGGACGGGAUUCCCUGCCGGUUGAGAUGGGCUAAAAUUUAAAGGAGCGCUCGGGUAAAGACAGCAAAUGCAAGCGACGAGUGUGGUAUGGUUGUCUCAGUCAUCGCGGCUGUGAGCUUGGGUUCGAAUGAUGAGGACAAAGGUCGUAGGGCAUCAUGCAGAGUCGUCAACCCGUUAUUAGGUGUGGCUAUGCCAAUACUACUGGGGGAUUCUGACACAUUCAAGUUGUUACUUGGCCGCCGGCCGGUAUGGUGGGGUGCUGGAUCGAUACGUAGAGGCGUCCGUUUCCCAUUCCCGAAGCUCUUCUCGUCUGGGAAAGUAUACGAGUUCAGAAAGUUGGUCCCGGCGAGAAAUGCCUCCCAUAGAGCCUGAAAAUACCUCGAUAUCAGCGGCUUGCAAGGUAUCCAUGUCGUGCCCAAGUAUGGACAGGUCGAGCUGGAUCGCACCAGGGUCCGGCAUGCAACGUGCCUCCAGAGAGUUCAAAACGGGGUACUCCAUAUACGG